GAUCGUAGCUCUAACUUGACAUUGGUGAUUUUCCAGGGAUGUUUUUUAUUCUGCCCUGCACUGACGCCUUUGUGAAAGUUGAUCUGAGAACUGUAUCCUUCGAUAUACCCCCACAAGAGAUUCUCACCAAAGACUCAGUGACGGUGUGUGUGGACGGGGUGGUGUACUUUCGAAUCCACUGUCCCAUCUCGGCUGUGGCCAACGUGUCCAACGCUCACUCUUCCACGCGGCUGCUCGCUCAGACCACGCUGAGAAACGCACUCGGGACAAAGAAUCUGGCCGAGCUUCUGUCAGACAGAGAGGGGAUUUCUCACAGCAUGCAGGAAUCCCUGGAUGAAGCCACCGAUCCGUGGGGCAUCAAGGUGGAGCGGGUGGAGAUAAAGGACGUGAAACUGCCCCAGCAGCUGCAGCGAGCCAUGGCGGCGGAGGCGGAGGCCAGCCGGGAGGCCAGGGCCAAAAUCAUUGCUGCAGAGGGAGAGAUGAAAGCCUCCAGGGCUCUGAAAGAAGCCUCCCUGGUGAUUGCCGAGUCGCCCUCCGCUCUCCAGCUGCGAUACCUGCAGACUCUCAACACCAUCGCCGCAGAGAAGAACUCCACCAUCGUCUUCCCUCUGCCCAUCGACAUUCUGCACAAUUUCAUGGAGAGGAAGUGAAUUUGGUCGGCAGCACUCUGCGCAGGAGAUGAUUUCAGAGUUGCAGUCAUGAUGAUAAAAUUCUAUCAUUGCUUGAAAAGUGAAACUGGCAUCGCUGCUAAAUGUGUGUGUUUUACUGCAGAAUUGUUUUAAAGCUUAUUUAAGGAGCAAAUUUUGUGCAACCACAAACAGAAUCUAAAAUUUGAAGUAACAUUUUUUUAAUUAAAUUUAAAUCAACCAAAUAUAUUUGAGGAGGACAGAGUUCAAAUUCAUCCAUUGCCAGGGGUGUGAAACAUAAGGCAUGUGGGCCCAAAUUGGACUGUCAGAGCAAAAAUUUCAAGGACAAUAUACUUUUUAUUUUAACACACUUCUUACAAGUAGUAGAUAUGACACAACACAGCACUGAGACUCGAGCUGACAUAUCAGGGACGUGGCCAUGAAAAUUAGCUGAUACAUUAUUUAUGCCAAACUGUAUUUUACAUCAAAGGGUUUCAUUGGAUUAAAUUUUUGAGGUAUCUGGCCUCUGAACUGAAAUCUGUUUGACACCCCUGUUCUAUAAAGCUCUUUCCAGUGAAAUUCGUUUGAAAUUCUUAUUCAGUUUCACUCCCGGUGACAAACAGGAAUCCAGUGAGAUCAAUCUACUGCAAAUCAACACUUUAUUGAAAGCCGAUGAAGCAAUGCCCUGUUAGGCUCCUCCCACUGAGGACACCCUCGUCUGACCUGCUGAUCCCUGCAGUCCUGCAGUUUCUUCACGUCAGCACACCUGAGAGUCAUGAGUGGCUGGUCAUCAGGCGCUCUGCAGAGCUUCAUGGAGAUUCCAUUCAUUAACGUCAGGAGUGUCGAAGCAGGGAAACUCUGAAAACAUGCAGGACUGAAAGAAGAGUGUCCAUCUGUGAUCGCUUUGAUACAAACCAGGUCUUCUGUUUGUGGUUGCAACUUGUUCUGCUCUUUGAGUAAAUUUUUGUUGAGCACUGAGCUGUUAAACCAGUAAAACUCUACUGCCAUUCUGCUUAGCUGGGAGAAUAAAAGAAUCACGUCUUGAUCGCUUCUAGUUGAUAAUCCACAUGUCAGGAGUACACAGAUUUGAAAACAAUGAGACUUAUCUAGAGAUGAAAUAAAUGUUUUAAAUAUUGUAAAAGGAUUACAGCUAAUCCAAAUAUGACUUUAAAUUUAAAAUGGACAAAUUCAAUGUCAACCUACGGAAUUAAAUCUCAAAUUAUGACAUUGAAAUGCAGGCUGAUGGCAAAAGCAUGAUUCCAUACUUUCUGAAUUUUUUUCCCCCUAUAUAUGAAUGCAAACUCACACCAAACCUUGCAUUAUUGUGUAUACAUAUUGGGAUUUAAUACUUAAAUACAAAGUGCAACAUAUACAGUGUCGACAUUAAUUCUCAUCAUUGACCACAAUAGUUUUAAACAGCUAAGCUACAGUUGCAUUUCUGGAGAAGGACAAAUAAAUAAAGAUGUGAUUAAAUAAAUAAAUAAAUAAAGUGCACUAGAAAUGUCAAACAAAUGUAAUGCACAACCUUAUAAAGACAUGCUUUCAU